GUCUCUAAUGACACAUUGACUCUUCUUUUUUUCUUUAGAGACCAAUUUAAGGCAUACCUGUAAACGGAUAAUGGACAUGGUGAGCAAUCAGCAACCGUGGUUUGGAAUGGAGCAGGAAUACACUCUCAUGGGCACAGAUGGGCACCCUUUUGGUUGGCCUUCCAAUGGCUUCCCUGGGCCCCAGGGUCCAUACUACUGUGGUGUGGGUGCGGACAAAGCCUAUGGCAGGGACAUCGUAGAGGCUCACUACCGGGCCUGUUUGUAUGCUGGCGUCAAGAUUGCAGGGACAAAUGCUGAGGCCAUGCCUGCCCAGGUAAAUG